UGGGUUACAUUUCGAUUGUUGCCCUAUCUUCUUGAUUGAUCUGAGUUUGUUAGUUACAAGUGAAGUAGGUGAUGAAGCUGAAUGUACAUAAGAAAUUUGUUUGGCCAAUCUCCAAAUAUUUUGGAUUAAAAGCUUUGUUCUUACUUCUUAACUUAAAAAAACCAAUACCAUCAUUUUCUCUACUAAUUUGCACUUACUUUAUUGUUGACGGGAAGAUGAUUCCUACAGUUGAGGUGGAUUAUAACUUUAUAAGAUGUCUUGGCUUUGUGCGCUGGACUGAGGGCUGUGGUGAUGGUGGACUAUGGUGGAAAGAUGCCUGAACUACAAAAUCAUCUCUGUUCGUUGUUGAGUCUUAUCAGUAAGAUGGUUUCUGUUCAGGAGUCAACCAUUUUACUUCCACUGAGAGUAAUGAUCAUAGAUGAUAUGAUUUAUAUGGUGCAUCCGAAGGAACUUGCUGAGUAUGCGGUGGCCAGUCUCAGUUCAGAGACUCAGCUCCUGUUCAUCGACUUGGCAAAAGAUCCUCCAAAGAUGUUGUUGCAUACAGAUCAGAACUUAGUUCUGUCAGAACUGUUAUCAAUUCAGAAAUUAUUUUUGUCUAUAUUCUCUGUUGAUGAUACAUGUGCACAACCAUCAGGCUGCAAGGCUAUUGAUAAUGUAUGUGCUAGUACUCCUCAGAUAUCAGAGCUAAUCGAUCUUAGUGGGAUAAUGAAAGACGUUCAGAUUACCCUACCAACCCUCAACGGAUGGCUUCUUGGCUAUCCAGUAGUAUAUCUCUUCGGCAAAGAUCAUGCCACCGAUGCUGUUUACAAUCUCUCUACCAAGUCUCUUCAUAUCUAUCAGAUCAUGAUCAAAAGAAGCAGAAAAUCUGACACAAAAUUCGAAGAACUAAUGAGUUUCACAGUGCCCUAUGAUCUGAGCUUGAGAGAGGAGAAAGAGCCAUGGGCUGAGGCAUUUCUUGCUCGUUUGCUGGCAAAGUUUGAGUGUUGCAAGCCGGUGUGGACAAAUAUGCAGUUGGAGGUCAAUCAGUGUUAUCCACAAUCAAUUGUGUUAUAAGCGAUAGCUGAAAUUAAAGCGUUGAAUGUUUACAUUUUUAAGCAUCAGAGCUCUAUAACCUGUGUUUCUCUUUGCAAUUCUGGGAAUCCAGACUGUUUAGGCUCGCCCCCUCUGAGCAAGAUCCAACGGUGUAGGCCGCAGCCGUUAGAUUGUUUGCUCCAUUGCAAUAGCAGUCAUACUGCAAGUGUCAAUUGCUUCGAUGCAAUAGUAAUUGUACUGCAAGUUCAGCUUUUCUGUAAUUGUAACUACUGCAACUAUUAUUGUUACAUGUAGUUUGUAGUGGCAGUUGUUUGGUGUAACUAUAGAUGUUUCUUUUAUGAUAUCAGGUUAUUUUGGUGCUUC